AAUUUAUUGAAUUCCUUAAUUCAACUCCCUCGCCUCCUUCGUCUUCUCCUCGCUUCCUUCUUCUCAGAUUCAUCUCUCAGUAGUUAGCACUACGAAAUCAGAAGAAUCAUGACCACUUAUGGCACCAUCCCUACUUCGUCUGCCCCAUCCUCAAACCUCGAAUUCAUCUCACGCGCCAAGCAAAGAAUCAAAGCCGGUCUCGGAACUCGCCGCCCAUGGAAGGUUAUGUUCAAUUUCCGAUCCUUCGGCCUCCCUGCCGGUCUCCCCGACGCAAUUUCUCGUCUUAGAGUCAACAUCGGCUACUUUCGUAUGAACUACGCUAUUAUCGUACUUCUUAUUCUCUUCCUCAGCCUCCUCUGGCACCCGAUCUCCCUGAUCGUCUUCGUCGUACUCAUGGCUCUUUGGCUGUUCCUCUAUUUCCUCCGCGACGAGCCGCUGGUGAUUGCUGGUCGUCUGAUCGAUGACCGUGUGGUCCUGAUCGUGAUGGCGGUGCUGACCGUUGUUCUGCUGCUCUUGACCAACGUGACUCUCAAUGUAGUGGUGGCGCUCUUGAUCGGAGCGGGGUUCCUGGUAGCGCACGCGGCGUUUAGGAGGACCGAUGAUUUGUUCCUCGAUGAAGAAGAAACUUCUGGAUUGAUGCCUAAUGUAGCUACUACGGGUGCUUCUUCUUGAUUCUUCUGUUUAAUUUUAAUUUCCUCUCUUCUAUUGUUAUUUCACUUAUUUGUUAAUUAAUUUCAAGUUUGAAACUAGAGAUUGCAUUUCGUUCCUUGUGAAUUCAUAUUUCUAUUUUUGGGAUGGGAUUAUGUGUAGAAAUUGGUAUGGGGUUGGGUUUUGGGUGAAUAACGUGUUCUUACUCCUUAGUUUUUAAUUUCAUUCUUCAUUUCUUUUUUA